AUGCCUGGGUCGUUUUCGAGAAUCAGGGACAAGGCCAGGCGCCACCUGGGUGAUCCCAGUCCGGAUGAGGCCUAUCUUUCUUAUCAUGAUGUGAGGGUAACGCGAGCCGAUCUGGACAGCAUCAAGUCUAACGACUGGCUCACGGACAAUGCCAUCGCCUUCUGGCAAGAAUACCUCGAACGCGAAGAGCUCAAUGCCUUCCCCAAAGCCUCCAUCGUCCUCCUCCGCCCCUCCAUGUCCUACAUGCUCAUGCAAUCCGCCGAGCCCCUCUCCUUGAAAGAAGUCCUCCCCAACUUCACUCACACAACACACGUCUUCCUCCCCAUAAACGACAACACCGACGUCACACAAGCCGAAGGCGGCUCACAUUGGUCCCUCCUUCUCGUUUCCAUCAUCGAUGGCGUUUCAUUCCACUACGACUCCAUGACUCAGUCCAACGAGCGCGAAGCACGAAGCACAACCAUGAAGCUGGAACAACUACUAGGAAAGCGACUGCGGUUCAUCCCUAUGAGUGAUAGUCCGCAGCAAGAGAACGGAAGUGAUUGUGGUGUAUUCGUCUGUGUGCUUAUGCGGCAUUUGCUGCUCAAGAGGCUGCUUCGGGCCGAUGCGAGCAAGAAGGUCAGCAUGAGCAUGCGGGAUGCACACAUAAACGCAAAAGACGGACGGAGAACUAUGCUCAAGGUCAUCGAGGAGAGGAGAGACGAGGGAAAGCGGAGACGCUCAGGCAGUCAUUCGCCCUUUAGAAAUCCCUCCGCCCACUCCAAGAGCCCACCACGCAUAGGCGACGAACAAUCGCAGGAGCGCUAG